UCCAACCGCCAGAAAACACUGGAGAAGAAAAAGCCGUUGCUCGUCUGAGCCGUUUUAGCCCCUCGAGUUAUAAAAAUAAAAACGCGUUAUUGUGUCUGGCUCUGAGGAUUUAAAACCCUGAGCUGUGUGAGGACAUGAAAACGGAGACAUCCAUGGAUGGAGAGACCUCAGAAGCCUGUGUGAAGAAAGAGGAGACGCUGGAGCUGAGCAUCUACAACUAUGGAGACGAUCUCGACAACCCACCUGAAGGCCUUUCUGUUAAAGUGGAAGAUCCUGAUGAUAAAGACUAUCUCUACUGUGAAGUUUGCAAAUCCUUCUUCCUCAACAAAUGCGAGGUUCAUGGGCCACCCCUCUUCAUCCCCGAUACUCCUGUUCCCAUGGGAGUCCCUGACCGAGCCAGACAAACACUUCCUCCUGGGCUAGAAAUCCAGAAGUCCAGUAUUCCUGAUGCAGGCCUGGGAGUGUUUAAUAAGGGGGAGACUGUUCCAGUAGGUGCACACUUCGGCCCCUGCCAGGGAGAGCUGGUGAACCGAGAGGAAGCCAAGAACAGUGGAGACUCCUCGGUUGUAUGCAGGAGCAUGCAGUGUGAAGAAUACAUCGAUGCCAAAAGAGAGACACAUGUGAAUUGGAUGAGGUAUGUGAAUUGUGCCCGUAAUGAAGAAGAACAGAAUCUUGUGGCAUUUGAGUAUCAAGGGGGAAUUCUGUAUCGUUGCUGUCGAUCCAUUAGCCCAGGACAGGAGCUCUUGGUGUGGUAUGAAGAGGAGCACACCAAAGAACUCAGUCCUGCACCUACAGGAACAACCAGACAGCAAGAAUUAAAGAACACUCUGCUGCAAGUCUUUUCAUGCUCCACAUGCCCUCGUUCCGAUGCAUCUCCAAUUUACCUCGACAAGCAUAUCCAGAGAUGCCACUAUGAAGAGUACGUGAGACUGCGAGAAUCAGGAGAGAUUAAAUAUAAGCUUCAGAUCCCCUCCAAAUGCUGCAGUCGUCAACCAACAUCAACUGAUAUUGUCCAUUCUGAUACUUCCCAUAAUGAUAUACAGAAGGAAAUUCACCACAGCUCAGAUUGUGGAAAGAGUUUUAGUUAUCAGAAUGCACUCAAGACACACCAGCGCAUUCACACAGGGGAAAAGCCGUAUCACUGCUCACAGUGUGGGAAGAGUUUUACUGAACGGGGUGAUCUCCGACGACACCAGCGCAUUCACACAGGAGAGAAGCCGUUUCACUGCUCACAGUGUGGGAAGAGUUUUACUCGGCAGAGUACUCUCCAAACACACCAGCGCAUUCACACAGGAGAGAAGCCGUAUCACUGCUCACAGUGUGGGAAGAGUUUUACUCGGCAGAGUAAUCUCCAAACACACCAGCGCAUUCACACAGGAGAGAAGCCGUAUCACUGCUCACAGUGUGGAAAGAGUUUUACUCAUCGGAGUCAUCUCCAACAACACCAGCGCAUUCACACAGGAGAGAAACCGUAUCUCUGCUCACAGUGUGGGAAGAGUUUUAGUCAUCAGACUGCUCUCCGACGACACCAGCGCAUUCACACAGGAGAGAAGCCGUAUCACUGCUCACAAUGUGGGAAGAGUUUUACUCAGCAGCGUAAUCUCCGACGACACCAGCGCAUUCACACAGGAGAGAAGCCGUAUCACUGCACACAGUGUGGGAAGAGUUUUAGUCAUCGGAGUAAUCUCCAAACACACCAGCGCAUUCACACAGGAGAGAAGCCGUUUCACUGCUCACAGUGUGGGAAGAGUUUUACUCAUCAGACUGCUUUCCGACGACACCAGCGCAUUCACACAGGAGAGAAGCCGUAUCACUGCUCACAGUGUGGGAAGAGUUUUAAUCAGCGGCGUGAUCUCCGACGACACCAGCGCAUUCACACAGGAGAGAAUCCGUAUUACUGCUCACAGUGUGGGAAGAGUUUUACUCAUCAGCGUAAUCUCCGACUACACCAGCGCAUUCACACAGGAGAGAGGCCGUUUCACUGCUCACAGUGUGGGAAGAGUUUUAAUCAGCGGCGUGAUCUCCAAACACACCAGCGCGUUCACACAGGAGAGAAGCCGUAUCACUGCUCACAGUGUGGGAAGAGUUUUAAUCAGCGGCGUGAUCUCCGACUACACCAGCGCAUUCACACAGGAGAGAAGCCGCAUCACUGCUCACAGUGUGGGAAGAGUUUUACUCGUCAGAGUGAUCUCCAACGACACCAGCGCAUUCACACAGGAGAGAAGCCGUAUCUCUGCUCACAGUGUGGGAAGAGUUUUACUCAGCAGAGUGAUCUCCAAACACACCAGCGCAUUCACACAGGAGAGAAGCCGUAUCACUGCUCACUGUGUGGGAAGAGUUUUGCUCAUCAGACUGCUCUCCAACAACACCAGCGCAUUCACACAGGAGAGAAGCCGUAUCUCUGCUCACAGUGUGGGAAGAGUUUUACUCAGCAGAGUGAUCUCCAACAACACCAGCGCAUUCACACAGGAGAGAAGCCGUAUCACUGCUCACAGUGUGGGAAGAGUUUUACUCAUAAGAGUAAUCUCCAAACACACCAGCGCAUUCACACAGGAGAGAAGCCGUAUCACUGCUCACUGUGUGGGAAGAGUUUUACUCAUAAGAGUACUCUCCAAACACACCAGCGCAUUCACACAGGAGAGAAGCCGUAUCAGUGCUCACUGUGUGGGAAGAGUUUUACUCAUCAGAGUCAUCUCCGACGACACCAGCGCAUUCACACAGGAGAGAAGCCGUAUCACUGCUCACAGUGUGGGAAGAGUUUUACUCAGCGGAGUGAUCUCCGAACACACCAGCGCAUUCACACACGAGAGAACCCGCAUCACUGCUCACAGUGUGGGAAGAGUUUUACUCAACAGCAUCAUCUCCAAACACACCAGCGCAUUCACACAGGAGAGAAGCCGUAUCACUGCUCACAGUGUGGAAAGAGUUUUACUGAACAGCGUCAUCUCCGACGACACCAGCGCAUUCACACUGUGUGGGAAGAGUUUUACUCAGCAGAGUAAUCUCCAAACACACCAGCGCAUUCACACAGGAUAGAAGCCGUAUCACUGCUCACAGUGUGGGAAGAUGUUUGCUUGUUUAGUUACAUUUAAGACCUUCAUGUGCACUAACUCAGACAUUGCAUGAUUUUAAAGUUGUCAAAUUAAAUAUGGUUGUUACAGUUUUGGCUGAAAAUGACCUGUACUUUGAACUUUAUUGUUCAUGUUACACUGGUCACCAAUUUUUCAGAAGUUGUCUGCUUCAGAGAUGAAAUUGGCCAUUAUGAAAUUUGGUGUGUUGAAUUAGAAGUGACAGUUAAUCAGCUGAUUAGCUAUGGCUUCCAAGAUAUUUAAAAUUUUAUACUUAGUUAGGUCCAUAUAUAUAUUUGGACGCUGACACAAAUUUUGCUUUUUUUUUUACCUGUUUACUGAAACAUAUUCAAGUUAUAGUUAUAUAAUGGACAUAAAGUCCAGACUUUCAGCUUUCAUUUGAGGGUAUCCACAUUAAAAUUGGAUGAAGUGUUUAGGAGUUUCAGCUCCUUAACAUGUGCCACCCUGUUUUUAAAGGGACCAAAAGUAAUUGGACAAUUGGCUCAAAGGCUAUUUCAUGGGCAGGUGUGGGCAAUUCCUUUGUCAUUCUCAAUUAAGCAGAUAAAAGGCAUGGAGUUGAUUUGAGGUGUGGUGCUUGCAUUUGGAAGAUUUUGCUGUGAAGAAAACAUGCGGUCAAAGGAGCUCUCCAUGCAGGUGAAACAAGCCAUCCUUAAGCUGCGAAAACAGAAAAAACCCAUCUGAGAAAUUGCUACAAUAUUAGGAGUGGCAAAAUCUACAGUUUGGUACAUCCUGAGAAAGAAAGAAAGAAAGAAAGCACUGGUGAACUCAUCAAUGCAAAAAGACCUGGACGCCCACAGAAGACAACAGUAGUGGAUGAUCGCAGAAUAAUUUCCAUGGUGAAGAGAAACCCCUUCACAACAGCCAACCAAGUGAACAACACUCUCCAGGAGGUAGGCGCAUCAAUAUCCAAAUCUACCAUAAAGAGAAGACUGCAUGAAGGUAAAUACAAAGGGUUCACUGCACGGUGCAAGCCACUCAUAAGCCUCAAGAAUAAAAAGGUUAGAUUGGACUUUGCUAAAAAACAUCUAAAAAAGCCAGCACAGUUCUGGAAGAACAUUCUCUGGACAGAUGAAACCAAGAUCAACCUCUACCAGAAUGAUGACAAGAAAAAAGUAUGGCGAAGGCGUGGUACAGCUCAUGAUCCAAAGCAUACCACAUCAUCUGUAAAACACGGUGGAGGCAGUGUGAUGGCUUGGGCAUGCAUGGCUGCCAGUGGCACUGGGUCACUAGUGUUUAUUGAUAAUGUGACACAGGACAGAAGCAGCCGGAUGAAUUCUGAGGUAUUCAGAGACAUACUGUGUGCUCAAAUCCAGCCAAACUGAUUGGGCGGCGUUUCAUAAUACAGAUGGACAAUGACCCAAAACAUAAAGCCAAAGCAACCCAGGAGUUUAUUAAAGCAAAGACGUGGAAUAUUCUUGAAUGGCCAAGUCAGUCACCUGAUCUCAACCCAAUUGAGCAGCAUUUCACUUGUUAAAGACUAAACUUCAGACAGAAAGGCCCACAAACAAACAGCAACUGAAAACCGCUGCAGUAAAGGCCUGGCAGAGCAUUAAAAAGGAGGAUACACAGCGUCUGGUGAUGUCCAUGAGUUCAAGACUUCAGGCAGUCAUUGCCAACAAAGGGUUUCAACCAAGUAUUAGAAAUGAACAUUUUAUUUAAUUUGUCCAAUUACUUUUGAGCCCCUGAAAUGAAGGGAUUGUGUUUAAAAAAUGCUUUAGUUCCUCACAUUUUUAUGCAAUCAUUUUGUUCAACCCACUGAAUUAAAGCUGAAAGUCUGAACUUCGACUGCAUCUGAAUUGUUUUGUUCAAAAUUCAUUGUGGUAAUGUACAGAACCAAAAUUAGAAAAAUGUCUCUGUCCAAAUAUUUAUGGACCUAACUGUAUGUACAUUGUGUAGAUCGUAAUGUUUUAAGUAUAAAUUGUAAAACUAGGUCUCUUCAUGUGUUUAUGGUCGGUUUACAUGAUAUUUCACCUGUUCUCUUUAUGUAACACUAGGAAA